UGCUAGACUACGAUUGAUUUAUAUUAUAAUAUUAAUAUUUGAUCGAAAGUAAUAGAAUAACUUAUAAAUUAACUUGAUAAUUAAUAUUACUAAAUAAUUAAUUAUUAAUUAAUUAUCAAAUGACAGAUUAAACAUCUUUUUUACAUCUGUUCUGAGUUGAAAUGAAUGAUUUUUUCUAAUAAAAAAUUCAUAUAAAUCUUCUUUAUUGACUUAAUGGUUUAUUGGUUUAUUAGUCUUGUCUUGUUCAAUAGAUAAGGAUGACAUCUGCUACAAAAUGAUAAGCAAGUAUAUUACUUGUUUAAAUAAAGACGAGCAUUUUAAGAUCGGAAUAUAGUGGCAAGUCUGUAUAUGCUGCUGUCAUGAAUGAUAAGGAAUAUAUAGAGAAGACUGUUCUUCAUGCGGGAACAAAACCCAUCAAUUUUGUGCCAGGAACAAAGGUUUUAUUUCACUUUCGAACUACAAAAUGUGAUUCAGACAAGACAGUGAUAGACGACAGUAGGACAAUGAAAAAUCUAAUGGGACUUCCAAUGGAACUUGUGUUAGGAAAGAAGUUCAAGCUUGAAGUGUGGGAAGCAAUUGUACAAAAAAUGGCAUUGAAUGAAGUCGCUCGUUUUAAAGUCGAUAAAAGCCUAGUAACUGCAUAUCCUUUUUUCUCGAAGACAUUAAGAGAAGCUGGGAAAUUGCAAUCACAAAAGCGCAAUCAUCAUUGUUGCGGUGUUACACUUCAAAAUGAGGGCAUUGGUUAUGAUGACCUGAAUGAACUGAUAAAAUAUCCUCAAGAUUUGGAAUUUACAAUAGAACUGAUCAAUGUACUAUUUCCAAAUGAAUAUGAGAAAGAAUCAUGGCAGAUGACAGAAGAUGAGAAACUUGAAAACAUUCCACAUCUGAAGGAGAAGGGAAAUGUCUUGUUCAGAGAAAAGAAAUAUGAUAAUGCAUGUGAAGUAUAUGCACAGGCUAUUGGAAUGUUGGAGCAACUGAUGCUAGCAGAAAAGCCAAAUGAUGAGGAAUGGUUAUCUUUAAACCGAAUGAAGAUACCAUUACUUUUGAACUAUGCACAAUGUAAGCUUAUAAAUAAAGAAUUUUAUUCGGUUAUUGAACACUGUACAACAGUGUUAAAAACAGAACCAGACAAUGUGAAAGCUCUUUAUCGACGAGGUAAAGCGUACAUUGGGGUGUGGGACGAAGAAAAUGCUAUCAGAGACUUAAGAAAGGCUGCUGAAAUUGAUCCUUCUUUACGCAAUACCAUUGAAAAGGAGUUACAAGUAUUUGCAACUUCUAUUAAAGAAAAGGACAGUGUACAAAAGGAAAAAUUGUCGAAAAUGUUUAAAUAAGGUCGUAAUAUUUUGAAAUUAUUUUAAAAUUGUAAUACAAUCCUUAAGCACUUGUGUUGCAUUAAUUUAUCUUUAUAAUUUUUUUCUCGUACUUUUUAAAUACUUAUUUUUAUACCGAAAAGUGAGAAACAGAGGCUGGCCUCAUCUCGCAUAUAUGUUUGUAACUUUCUGCAAUAUACACAAGUAUUUAAAGAUUAACUCUUGUAUGUACCAAAAUAUGUGUGAUUUAUAGAAAGUCUGCCUUAUAUACAUGGAUGUGUUUAUAUUUGUGACUUGGCAUUGUUGAUCCAAUAUAUUUAUAUUUAUUGUU